AUGGACGACUUUAGCCGGCAGUUUGGCGGCGCCAAGCCCAAGGCACCGCCGACCUUUAGUGAGCUCUACUCGCCCCGUGAGCAGCGCCAGCUCCACGUCUCCGAAAAGCUAUUUUGGCGCUCCAACGAACGCAUCGAGUUUCGACUUUUGGAGCUUCGCGCGCGGCAGCUCUUGCUGGUGCACCAAUAUUGUCCACAAUAA